AUGGCAGCUUCGGCAAGGAAACGGGAUGGCAGAAACGUCAGAGGAAGCUCAGCAACAGAAAAACUUGAUGAGAUUUUUAAUAAUUUUGUGGAUUGUAUGAAACCAUUUGUCUUAAAGUUGGCUAAGAAAUCUGGUAAUUUUUUACUUAUUUGGUAGAAAAUAGUAAGAUAGAAUAUGAUCUAUGUAUGUUCGGCCUGACUGGAAAGUUUGGAAAUUGCGUGCCGGAGAUUUUGAAAUUUUAAUAGUAAAUAUAUAGAAACCAUCAAAAUUAUGCAGCUAAUAGUGAUAUCUCCGCCACACGAUACAAACUUUCCACAAUGGAUGUUCAGACGAAACUUGUUCAAAGCGUUUGACAGGUUUUAAUCUGAUCAGCCAAUCGCGUUUAAUUUGCCUCAUGCUGAUUGUUUGAACUAAUUGCAACCGGUCCGCUCCAUACAGUGUAUAUCUGGACGGAAAUUGAAGAGCCAGUUUCGUUCUAUUGUUUUUGCCUGUGCGGUUAACACAAAGCUGAUGAUCAGUUCAUAAAACUGUAGUGUUAUUCCUUAAAUCGAUGUCAAAAUACAAAAUUUGUGUCUGACCGUGCAGAUAAAUACAAUAGAAACAGACUGGAACCGACGUCCAAUAGAGUCUCACUCCAAAUAAAUAUGAAGCUCAUCACUAUAUUAGGUCACUUCUAAUAUAUAUUCUGGUGUCAUUUACCACAAUUCAUCUAGUUUCGAUCAAAAUACCUUGUUUUAACCCUUUAAGUGGCAAUGCACCCUAUUUUAGUAUUUUAAUCUGUCUAAUGCCAAAGUAUUUUACUCUGUCUAACACCAGACGAUUUUACUCGUCAAGUGGAGAGUGCCGCCACUCAAUGGGUUAAAGAAAGAUUUAUUCUUAUAAUCUCUUCUAAUAAUUCUAAGCUUGUUGGAUUAGUAAUGUUUACAUAGUCGCUCUGUUCAUGAAUAUUUUGUUUACCAACGACAGUUGACAUUCAAAUUGCAAUUAUUAGUCAAUAAUCAUUGGUAAUAACUGUAUUGUUUGUGCAAUUAUGGGGAUAAUGUUUUGUGACCGUUAGUAAUUUGAAUGCUGGAAUAAAGUAGUUUGUAUUGUCAAAUUUUGUUCCAAAAUUACUCAACAUUAUGCCUUGGCUUUAUGUACCAACUCCAUGUAGCUCCGUGGACAGUAAAGGUAACUGUGUUCAAAUACUCCAGAAAUAAUUUACUAAAUAGCCUUUCUUAAGUCCAGUUUUACACCAUCAAAGUCUUUGUGAUCACAGUAGGAAUUUUGCAUAGCUAAAGUUUUGAAGGAUUUGUAAGAAGUGUUUGAAGGAACUGAGUUAGUUGUUAAUGCCAAGUCAGUUUGCUUCAAACAUUUCUUACAAAUCCUUCAAAUUUACCCAUGCAAAAUUCCUACUGUGAUCACAGAAACACAGCUCACAGAAACACAGCUCACAGAUAGUAUAAAUCAGGCUAAAGACUUCUUCUUUCACCAGAACGUCAAAGGAUUGCAAUGUGGAUCAAGAAACUUUGUGAACCUCCUGGCACUUCACUCUUGUCCAGGUGAAUGAUGCGUUUUUGAAGCUUUCAGAACCAUUUUCUAUAGACUUUUGUCCCGCUAGCGACUUCUUAUAUUGUAUUAUAUUGUUUCCCAUCAGGAAAAACAGGAACAUGUAUGCUCAAGUGUUGUUGGCGAUGUUGAAACGUGAUUUGAUUGAAGAACCGUUCUCUCAACAACCUGAAGCUGGGCCACUCCCCACCAUGCCUGCUUAUAUGGUGAGUCUGGGAAGUUGCUCAUGAAAAGAAACCCAAAGUGAAGUUAUUGUAUUUUUUCAAUUAUAUAAAAGAACAUGAUACUUCCGUUAAUAAACAAUUUUAUCAGUUAGGAAUUUAAAGUGUGGUUCAUACCAAAUUUAAGUUGAGCAAAUUUUUUUUUAAUCUUGGAAAUCUUCAACAAAAACAACAAUCGUAAUAAAAUUUUUAAAAAAUUUCCGGCUAAUUUUAGUCAUUUCUUCUCCACACAGUCCAUUUAUGCUGAUGAUCCGACAGUGCAGAGUUCUUUAUCCGAACAAGAAGUAAGUCUUCAUUGAGUAAUUGUUACAUUUGCUGAUAUCACUACAUGCGUCCAGAAAGCCUCACUCUCCUGAUUGCAACUCUUGGUUAACUAAUCUCACAUGCACAAAAACAAGGCUCUAUAGCCAAGGUUACAUACAUUCCUGAAGGGUAUAUUAUGAUAGUAUAUUAUAAAAUAACAUGUAUAUAAAGCGUGCUCUGAUUGGUCGAAACCUGUGUUUGGAUCAGGCCAUCCAAACACAGAAAUUUAAAGUGAAAGUUUUUUAAAGUGAAAUUUUAACCCGGAAAGUUGUUAUUUUAUGAAACUUCGGCGAGUGGUUUUGCAUGCUUUUCUUAACUCGAGCAACAUUCCCAAAUGUUUGGAUCAGGCUGUCCAAAAAUGGAAACCAUAAAGUAAUUGUAUAGUCAUAGAUUGUAUUCAAUUGUCCAGGUAGAGGACAUCAAUACACCCAGCUGGAUCAGAGGAGAACUUGAAAGCACAUCAGGUACCUUGACUAAAUACUUCACCAAAUAUUUUCCACUAAUGGCUUAAUUUGGUCUAGUAUCUUAUCAUUGAUCAAUUUUAGACAGCUAUCAAGAUGAUUCUCAGCACGAAAGAAAUCAUUCAAGAAGAUCAUCUUCAAAUAGGAGGUUUGUUUGUCUGCAUUAUCAUCCAGGGUUCACACAAAACUUGAAAAUCCUUGAAUUUGGAAACAAAAAUGCAAGGCCUUGAAUGUCCUUGAGUUUAUAAAGAAGUGCUUGAAAGUCCUUAAAUUGUUCUUGCUUUAGUGGAUAUUUUCUGAAAUUGUUUGGCAUUAAGAAUUGAACAUUUUGUAAAUUGAUUUUGUUCAUGUCUUACAAAAGCCAAAGCUGUUUGACAUUCCGAUUAAAGUUGCCGUUUGAACAGUUUAAAGUCACUUUUUACUGAUUUCUAACACCUUUUCAGCCCUUCGUCUUUGAAUUUCCUGAUACAUGGCCUUGAAACGUCCUUGAAAAGUCUUUGAAUUAAACUCUUCCUGGCUUGUAUGUACGAAACCUGAUUAUCAUUUCACUAAUUCACACCGUAAAUGAUAUAGUUGGCAGGCCAUGCUACCCACCCACCCCUGGAACCACCACUCCCCCCCCCACUCCACCCCAAACUCCCCACUUUAUCAUUGUACAGUAACUUCCUCUUCAAAACCUUCAACAUAUAGGACUCCAGUAUAUGAAAGUCCUUGACAUAGUAAAUUAUAUAGUUGCCAGGUCCUUACUCCACCCCAAACUCUCCACUCUAUCAUCAUACAGUAACUUCCUCUAAAAAAACCUUCAACAUAUAGGACUCCAGUAUAUGAAAGUCCUUGACAUAGUAAAUUAUAUAGUUGCCAGAUCACCCCCCCCCCCCACUCCACCCCAAACUCCCCACUCUAUCAUCAUACAGUAACUUCCUCUAAAAAAACCUUCAACAUAUAGGACUCCAGUCUAUGAAAGUCAGGGAGAUGAAAACAGUUUGGGAUCGUCUUAUAGCGGCAGUUUACGAAAUCAUUCAACUGCUUCAGACAAUGGUGAACUUGCACGUUCACCCUACCAAGCAAAGAGAAUCUCCGGUGGAAAAGUCAGAUACGAGCCUGUUUAUCUUCGAGAGAUCUUGAACAGUGAUUUGGGAUAUCCUACCUCAACGCCGGUGAGUGCAGUAGGGCAUUAAAUUGUAUUACAUUUGUAAGCAUAUGAAAGAACACAUUUUUCUUUAUGAUUAGACCAAGGCUGUAUCAAAGAUGAAUGGCGAACACAGCAGUUAUUUGUCACAAACCAGAGGUAUGAUUUGAUUUGAUGAAAACUAGAAAUAGAUAAAAUAGAACAUGAAGCAAAAAUCGAAGAGAGCUAA